CCGCCCAACAGACAACAUAAACCCCGUCGUUGCCCGGCUAAUCCACCAUCUCUGUCGCUCCUUCCGACGGCUUUCGAGUGAGAAACAAGGGAAGAGUCAAAAAAUGAGCGAAAUUGGGGGCGGAUCUGAUCCUCCUUCUCCUUCUCUCUCAGUGACAUCAUCUGAAGCAUCAAAGAGCAGUGGAACUGGCUUUGAUGCUAAUCGAAUUGCAGAAGUGAAAGCGUGGCUUGUUUCCCAAUUUGAUGCAGCUGGUAAAGACAUACCUGAUUUUGAAUACACUCCUCGAAGCAUUGCUCACCUACAGAAUAUUGCCAUCCUGUCCCAAGCCAAAACUCAGGCUGCCACCAUCGUGGCAAAUGACUUUCGUCAAAAAGCUGCAGAAUAUCGCUCCCAAGCUGCUAGGAUGAGAGAAGUACUGGAGCAUGUGGGAUUGGUGCAAGAGAGUUUACCAUCUAAUGUGGUGUUGUCUUCCCAAGUUCUUGCCAGUGUGGCAAAUCUGUUGAAUAUUAGGGAUACUGAACUAAGCAGUUUUCUUGUAGCAAUGGCAGAUCUAUCUCUGAGAAAAACAGCAGUUGAAGAGAAGAGGGCUAAGGUGCAGCAUGAAUCCAAAGAACUUCUUGACUAUACUCGAAAAGCAUUAGCAAGAUUAACUUAUCUAAAAAGAACACUAGCACAAUUGGAAGAUGAUAUACCUCCUUGUGAAGCUCAAAUGGAGCACUGGAAAACGAAUUUGGCGAUAAUGGAAUCAAAAGAAAGACAAUAUAUGCAACAGUAUUCUAAUUAUAAGGCAAUGCUCAAUCGGGUGGGCUAUAGCCCUGAGAGUAGUCAUGGAGUGUUGGUAGAAAUGGCAGAACACAGGAAGGACCUGGAGAAGAAAACAAAACCAAUCCUUGACACAUUAAGAAGCUACCAAGACUUGCCUCCUGACAAGGCUUUGGCUGCACUGGCAAUCGAGGAUAAGAAGAGGCAAUAUGCUGCUGCUGAGAAGUACCUUGAAGAUGUAUUGCAGUCGGCUCUUGCGACUUCUGAGUGAAAUCCAACUACUAUAAGUGGCUUCCUUUCAUUGACGAUUUGAUUUGAUAUAAUUAAAAUCGAGUUUUUUUGCGCUUGACGUCUUGAUUAUGGUGUUUUUAAGAAAUGAUAUUCCUCUACUCUUUUGGUCCUUUUGCAUUGUCUUGAUGCUUUUCUCCAGGCUGUGAAAAUUUUCAGGACUGAUGAGUAUUUUCUGUACAGUUAUCAGGAGAACACAUUAUUUUGAUAGAAUGUCUA